AUGGAUUGUGUGGGAAGUGCUCUCCAGAGGAAGAAUGGCUUAACUUAUGGCCAUUUUAGGGAUGAUAUCGUUUGCGGUGACAACUGUUCCCUCUAUGAUAAAAGUCUGCGAGACUUUUACUCAAAGCACAAGACAUUGGACUUCAGAUUUGAGAGACUAUUGAAAAAGUGUCCAAAACUACAAUCACUGUAUUUGAACGGAUGUCUACACGAGUGGUUGGGUUUGCAGACAAUUGUCGACAACUGUCCACAAGUCGACUGUCUGGCGAUGUUUAACAAAAACUCAGACAUUUUAUAUACCGAAGAGGAAUGCGAAUCAUUGGCCACACGAUUGUCAACACUCGGCGUACGACACCUGACCAUCGGUGCCAUCGAAGUCCAAACUAUGGAUUCAGUCAACGAUAAUCAUCGCAUCGAUUGGUCGUCAAUGUUGGCCGAAAAGUGCGGCCAAACUCUUCGCAAACUAUCGCUAUAUAAAUACGACAAAGAGUUGUCGGAUGUGUUCAGUCGACUCACACCAGGAAUAGAGUCGAUGGACUUAAUCGGUUGCCAUAGGCUUAACACGGAUGCCAUGAAUGAGCUAAUCAUAACCGUUGGCCGGAGUUUAAAGUGUUUGAACGCGUAUUUCGAUAACCAAUUCGACGGCCGACUCGUCGACAAAAUAUACCGUAAAAUAUUCCGAUCCUUGGCUCAGGUCGAGUGGACGGGCCAUAAGCUACGGAUCUGUUCAAAAAACAACUUCCCGACGGCGGCAGGUCUGGCCUCGUCGGCCGCCGGUUACGCCUGUCUUAUGUACGCUUUGGCUCGACUUCACGACAUAGACUCAGUGGAGACCAUCUCAACGCUGGCCCGUAUCGGGUCGGGCAGCGCCUGCCGGUCCGUCUACGGCGGGUUUGUACAGUGGGUCCGGGGAUCGGACGCCCAGACAUCCAUCGCCCGCCAGAUUGUGGACGAAACCCAUUGGCCAGCGAUGCGAGUGUUGGUACUCGUAGUGAGGGAUACCCAGAAAGACACGAGCAGUACGUCGGGUAUGGCCCAGACUGUGGCCACCAGCGCUCUGAUGCAGCACCGGGUGGCCAGUGUUGUGCCCGCGCGGGUGGACGCUAUGGUGGCGGCGAUUAAGGCCCGAGACUUCCCGACAUUCGCCGAGAUAACAAUGCGAGACAGCAAUCAAUUUCACGCCGUCUGUGAGGACACGUAUCCGCCGUUGACUUAUAUGAACGACACGUCCCGCGCGGUCAGACGGUUCUGUCACCGGUAUAACGACUUUCACGGCGCCCGAGCCGAGCCCCGCGUGGCCUAUACUUUCGACGCCGGCCCUAACGCCUGCCUAUACCUGUUGGACAGGGAUGUGGCGCCGGUGUUGGCACUGCUCGGCCGCUACCAUAAGGAUCUGGUGGUUAAGGGUAGCGGCGAUGGUGUGGCGGAUGGCUAUGUGUUGCCGCCCGAGUUGGCCAAACAUUUCGAUGAUAACCCGUGUCUACCGCCCGAUGCCAUACGGUAUGUGAUUAGCACUCGUGUCGGCGCCGGCCCUCAGCUGAUCCCCGAUGAGAGUGAGUGCUUGUUGAACACCGAGGACCCGCUGAAGACAAUGUCCAAUUGGGCGCAAAUACAGCAACAGCUGCGGCAUCCGUCCAAUCCGGUGGUGUUCUUCGACAUCACGAUCGGCACCACAGAAGUCGGUCGCAUGAAAAUGGAGUUGUUUUCCGACGCCGUCCCGAAGACGGCCGAGAAUUUCCGUCAGUUCUGCACCGGAGAGUACAAGAGAGACGGCGUUCCCAUUGGCUAUAAAGGCGUGUCAUUUCAUCGCGUGAUCAAAGACUUUAUGAUACAAUCGGGAGAUUUUGUUAAU